AUGGAAUCGUUGCCUGAUCUGAUCAAAUCCCUUUUGAUAUCAACCUUGCUGCUGCUGCUGCUGCUUCCUGUUCUUGUGAUGCCUCAUGAUCAUGCGGAAAACAACGUUAACCCCAUGUGGAAAGGCCAUAGGUCCUCGGCGCUGGUCCAUGAGCACCACAAGCCCCACUUUGCGCCUGGCCCCUGGAAGGAAGCCCAUGCCACCUUCUACGGCGGAUCCGAUGGCUCCGAAACAACCGAGGGUGCAUGCGGGUACGAGGUUGUGAAGCACGGAUACGGGUUAGAGACGGCGGCAUUGAGCCAAGUUCUGUUCAAAGAAGGGGAAACCUGCGGAGCAUGCUACGAGAUAAAAUGCGUCAACAGCGAGCAAUGGUGUAAGCCCGGGCAGCCGUCUCUGAUCGUCACGGCAACCAACGUUUGCCCGCCGAAUUUCAACCUUCCAAGCGACAAUGGCGGCUGGUGCAAUCCUCCUCGCGAGCACUUCGAUCUUCCCCAACCUGCUUUUCUCAAGAUUGCAGAGCACAAGGGUGGCAUUGUUCCCAUCCACUACCGAAGGGUUUCAUGCAACAAGCAAGGAGGGAUAAAGUUCACGGUGGAAGGGAACCCUUACUUCGUAACAGUGAUGGUGACGAACGUGGGUGGCGCCGGCGACGUCACCCACCUGCAGGUGAAGGGCGACGAGGGGCAGUGGACCGAUAUGAAGCGCGAUUGGGGCCAGAAAUGGCAGACCAACGCCAGUUUAGUCGGCCAGACUUUGAGCUUCCGAGUCCAAACCAGCGACGGCAUGACCUCUACUUCAUGGAAUAUCGCUCCAAAGAACUGGCAGUUCGGGCAGACCUUCGAAGGCAAGAAUUUCCACUAG